UUCCGCUUGUUUAUCGUCCCAAUCAGCUGAUCCGAUCAUUCGCUUCAGCGUAGUGGAACCACUUUUCUAGCCAGUUACCAGUCGCUGUUCUGGAUUUUGCUCAUCUGCUGUUCGGAAUUCCGUGUCGAGUACUGCGCAGUAGUGACCGGGUUUCUUUUCGGACCAGUUGUGCGGAAGGAGCAUGCAGAAAGUGCUCCACAAUAUUAGCGGUUUCCAGCUCCCAGAAUCUUUGCUUGCCACGGCUUGUCAGUUCCUGUUGAAUUCCAUUAGAAAAAGAACACGUCUUCCAUAGUACGGAUUGCUGUUCUGGAGCUCUUGUAGGAAAAUGGCAAAUCUCGGAAUGGUUAAUAAUACUACUUCUCUUUCGGAUGAUUUCGGUAUUCUGCCAAGAAUCAUUGCGGAUGACUUCUUACGGGAGCCCUUUAGAUUUAUCUGGGAAAGCAUGUUAAGUCGCUACACGAAAUUCCAGAUCUCUGUUUUUGGAUCUGUCCUAGUACACGAAAUUGUUUACUUCGGAGCAUGCCUGCCGGCGUUUAUGUUCCAGUUCAUUCCCUUUAUGCAGCGCUUUAAAAUCCAAAGGAAUAAACCUGAAACAUUUGAACAGCAGUGGAAAUGCUUUAAAAAAUUAAUGUUUAGCCAUUUCUGCAUUCAGUUCCCGCUGAUCUGCGGGACCUUUACAUUUACCGAGUACUUCGAUAUUCCCUACGCUUGGGAUUCCAUGCCGCGCUGGUAUGUCUUAACGGGGCAAGUACUGGGCUGCGCGGUAAUUGAAGACACAUGGCAUUAUUUUCUUCAUCGCGCACUGCACCAUCGCAGCAUCUACAAACAUAUCCACAAAAUUCACCACAAUUAUCAGGCGCCGUUCGGUAUGGUGGCUGAGUAUGCCCAUCCGGCGGAAACGUUAAUCUUGGGAGCGGGAUUCUUCAUCGGCAUUAUGACAUUUUGCACACACAUUAUCUUGCUGUGGGUGUGGGUCACUUUCCGGCUGCUGGAAACGAUUGACGUGCAUAGUGGUUAUGACAUUCCGUGGAUUAAUCCGUUUCAUUUGGUUCCGGGUUAUGCAGGAGCCCGCUACCAUGACUUUCAUCAUCAGAACUUUACUGGCAAUUAUGCAUCAACAUUUACUUGGUGGGAUAAAUUGUUUGGAACCGAUCGGCAGUAUAACGAAUUUCUCGCCGCAAAGGGUACCGAUGAUAAGAAAGGCCAGUAAUACUAUGCGACGAAUUGCAGAACCUUGAAAUUGAAACGCGUGUGAUCCUUGUGGGUGUCAGACUGCUCCCAUAGUGGCGCACUGAUGAUUGUUCAUGGAAUUUUGUAGGAAAAACACGUUUUUGUUGGACUGUUGGAAUUUUUUAUAUCGAUAAAAUCGUUUGAUUUAUCCGUGAAUUUUAUUACGAACAUAAGUGACAUUCUGUGAUAUGAAUUUGGGUUGCGCUUAGCAUUCUGAAAUUUCGUCUGAACUUUUAUGUUUUAAUUAUUCGUACGAGUAUGUAUUGACAUUGUUAUCCAGCCAAAAUAAACUUGCCAGUAGUCUCUG